CAAAUUUCCCCCAAACCACCACCAUCAGCGCCCGCUUUGGGUGGUGUGGGGCCUCUUCUUGCCCUUGUUGCCUACAGUCACUCGACCUUCGCUUAUCAUCAACAGCCAUCAGUCUGCAGCACAUGUGCGCUGUCAUUUAUUCUGGACCCGGACAGUACAUGAUGUAUGACAGAGCUCACGUCACUGACAGGCGAGUCACAGGACAAAUGGAUCUCAUGCCCAGGUGGCAAUCGGGAUGUGGGACAGAGUGAUCAAUGUGCUGCUCUGUGGUUGUUUCCGCUCUCUCACUCAACAUAUCUCAGCAAGCCUACAAUCAAUGCUCUAAGUAAGAAGAAACAAUUUCAGCACUCACAGCUGUGUCUCGAGAUGGUAUCGUGUCCCUUCACAAGAUCCACAGAGCUCAUCAACACCGCGGACGACUACACCGUCUUCCACGAUGGUAACAACAGUCCAUCCGCCCUGACCCUCCCGGGCCAGCCGCGAAUCAAACUCCGCGAUCGUCCCAGAACGAUAGCACAUCUCCUCAAAGAUCUCCACUGUGAGAAACUCGCCAUCAUGGCCUCGCACCUAUGGGUAAUGUCCACCCACUCCCACGAGAACAUCACGCCCCUGCACCGCCAAAGUCUCCGCGGCCGCGCCGUCGUCGUAAUGGAAGAUCCCGCCUUCCACCUCGUGUGGAUCCACGACCGCAUCUUCAUCAAACCUCUGCCCAAAUACCUCCUGACCUAUUCCUUCUGGGAGAAAGUUCUGCUGGAGAUCAGCACGGCGCCUGAAGCCACGGAGAGCAUGAUUGUGCCCGCAGCCCGGGGUUUGCUUCGAUCCUACUACCAUCUCAUCAAAUCCGAAUGCGACUUCCGCAUCGCACAGAGGGAGGAUCUUCAACUGAUCCCGCGCGACGUGACAUGGGAGCAGUUCUGCGCGUUUUCGGAGACGUUUGGUGAGAUCCGGGACGAGGAAGUUUCAUUGCGGUAUGAAUAUGGUGAAUUGCGACUGACACGUUUGAAUAUGUGGGCGCUGCCUCUGUUGGGGACCACGACGUACCAGCAUGUCGGACUGCAGUACAUCGAUGAUUUCUCGCCCUACUUCACGCCCCUAUUGUUCGUGUUCGCGGUGGUGGCCAUCAUGUUGAAUGCUAUGCAGGUGGGGUUGCAAGCGGUAGAUCUCGAGGCGGUCGGGUGGCCCGGGUUUGUAUGUUUAUCGCGGUGGUUCGCGAUUGCGAGCAUUAUCUUUGCAUUGGUGCCCUGUGCGGGUCUGUUAUUGCUGUUGGUCUACAAGAUCGCGGAUGAGUGGAUCUAUGCACUUCGCCAGCGGUGGAAAUACUGGCGGCGGCCUCGAGCUCCGGUGACGAAGCAGGAGGCGUGAAACUAUUGUGUACUACUGUUGAUAUCAUUAAUGUAACAAAAUAUCCA